UAUUUCUAUUUUAUUAUGAAUAUAUUUCGUUUGAAAAUUCUUAAAAUGACGCUAAUUAUUUUAUAAAAUUGUAUAAAUGUAACUUUAGUCUUUGCACUGGAAUUUAUCUGAGUGUGCUUUUCAUCUGAGGUAAACACCGUGUGCUCUGUAUCCAUGACUGUGGCUUGUUGACCUCAGGAUUUAACCAGCUGUGUUUCUGGGCUCCAGUUCGCAGUCCAGUGGCAGCCAAAGAGACUAGCGGACUAAAUCCAGUCCACUCUGAAUCCAUUCCAACUUUUACUGAGAUUCAAAUGAACAAUCGUUACAUAAAGGGGCCUUUUUUUUUAAAAAAUAAAUAAUAAUAAUAAUAAUUUUAUUUUUAUUUUUUUUCUUACCUUUGACCCAUGAUGGGAACUUUAAUUUAAGAUGCUUAUGGAGAGAUCAUCUGCACUCAGCCAGCCAGUAAGACAAAAGCCUCCUGGAAAGAAAAGGGAAGAUGAUAAGGAGGUGGAGGAGGAGGGAACCGCUAUUAAAGUACUGACAGACCAGAGGGUGAUGGCAAAAGAGGCUCUGAGCAGGAGGAACCUCUGGGAGCCGAGUGUUUAUUACGCUCGGGGAAACGAGUCUUUUCAUUUUGCCGGUCAUGACAUCAGCAUCCGAGAGUCCAUGGAUACGUACGGUGCUCUGAUCUGGCCUGGGGCAAUAGCUUUGUGCCAGUUCUUGGAGAACAACCAGCAACAAGUGAACCUGAUGGACAAAGCAGUACUUGAGAUUGGAGCUGGGACUGGCUUAGCUUCUAUUGUAGCAAGUCUGCUUGGUGCUUGGGUGACGGCAACAGAUCUGCCAGACAUAUUAUCUAACCUGACCUUCAACCUGCUGCGAAACACCAGGGGCCGCUGCCGCUACACCCCUCAAGUGGUUGCUCUCUCCUGGGGUCAGGACCUGGAUCGAGACUUCCCCUAUGCAUCAUACCACUACGACUUCGUGCUCGCAGCUGAUGUGGUCUAUCACCACGACUGCCUUGAAGAACUGUUGAAAACUAUGCAUCACUUUUGCCCACCAGGAAGUCAAACAACGCUGCUGUGGGCCAACAAGAUCCGGUUCCAGUCAGACCUGAGGUUCACAGAGUGCUUUAAGAGCCAUUUUAACACCACGUUGCUGACCGAGCUGCCGCAGCAGGAGAUCAGGAUUUAUAAAGCCAUGGCAAAGGAGUGACAAAGAGGCUUU